AUGCAAGCUGUCAAAUGUGUCAUUGUUGGGGAUGGAGCUGUAGGAAAAACUUGUCUUUUAAUUUCUUACACUACAAAUGCAUUUCCUAACGAAUAUAUUCCAACGGUAUUUGAUAAUUAUUCUGCCACUGUUAUGGUCGAUUCUAAACCAAUUAAUCUUGGGCUUUGGGAUACUGCUGGACAAGAAGAUUAUGAUAGAUUAAGACCAUUAUCAUAUCCACAAACUGAUGUAUUCUUAAUUUGUUUCUCAGUUGUUUCUCCUCCAUCAUUUGAUAACGUCUCAUCUAAGUGGCAACCAGAAGUUUCUCAUCAUUGCCCAAAGACUCCAUGUUUAUUAGUUGGAACUAAACUUGAUAUGAGAGAAGACAAGGAGCAAUUAAAGAGAUUAGAAGAGAAAAAAAUUACUCCAAUCACUACUGAACAAGGUGAAGCUAAAUGCAAAGACAUUGGAGCAGUUAAGUAUAUCGAAUGUUCUGCUUUAACUCAAAAGAAUUUAAGACUUGUUUUUGAUGAAGCUGUUAGGGCAGUUAUUUCUCCUGCAGGUGGAGCAAAAAAAGAUAAAAAGAAAGGAGGAUGUAUGCUCUUCUAA